ACAGCAUUUCAUUCCCUCUUGACUACUGCCACAGAUACACGAGAUGUAUCUGUUAUGUUUGAUCACCUGUUACAAAUUCUGAAGUCUAAAAAGAAGAAUGGAAAAUAAAUCGAGAGUCAAUGAAUUCCUUUUGCAUGGAUUCCCUGAUACUGAGGAGCUACAAAUAGUCCACAUUGUUGUCUUUUCAAUAAUUUAUAUGGUAGCCCUCAUUGAAAAUCUCAUCAUCAUCACUGUUAUUGUCUAUAGCCAUCAGCUCCAUUCACCCAUGUAUUUUUUUCUAGUCAAUCUAUCCUUGCAAGAUCUUGGCUCCAUCUCUGUCACAGUUCCCAAGUCCAUGCUGAAUUCCUUGAUGAACACAGAAGCCAUUUCUUACUCUGGAUGUCUAUGCCAAGUUUUCUUCCUUGUUUUCUUCAUGCUGUCCCACUUCUUUCUUCUUGGAGUCAUGGCCUAUGAUCGUUAUGUAGCCAUCUGCAUCCCACUGCAUUAUGAGACUGUACUGAGCAAAAAAGCUUGCAUCCAAAUGGCAACCAGUGCAUGGAUGGGUGGCCUUUUCUAUUCAAUACUUUACACAGGAAACUUAUUUACAGUGAACUUCUGUUCCAGAAUCAUCAAUCAGUUCUUUUGUGAAAUCCCUCAGCUGCUGAAGAUCUCUUGUUUUGACUCAUAUGUUGCAGUAGUCUGGGCUCUAACUUUUGGUUCUAGUUUAGCUUUUUUUUAUUUUGCUAUAAUUGCUUUUUCUUAUAUUCAGAUCUUCAGAGCAGUGUUGAGGAUCCGAUCUACCCAAGGAAAGCAUAAGGCCUUCUCUACUUGCUUACCCCACCUCAUAGUCAUUUGUCUGUUUCUGAUAAGUGGUAAUUUUGCAUACCUGAGACCCAUAUCUAGCUCUCCAUCAACAUCAGAUAUCGUGAUUUCUAUGUUUUACUGUGUGUUGCCACCAGUCAUGAAUCCACUGAUCUACAGCAUGAGGAACAAAGAACUCAAAAUGGCAUUCAGGAAGCUGAUCUUCAAUAUUUCUUUCAAGAACCUGCCACAAAUUUCUCAUUUUUGUGUAGUUUAAUAAAUGCUUUAAAUCAUUUGACCAUUAGGUACAAAAGUGUAAUGAUCCAUCUAUGCUAUGUAUAUCAAUUGAUAAAUUAACUGAAUCAGUGUGUAAGGCUUUAUCCUUAUGAAAUUGAGAAAACUACAAUGCUGUUAUGUACUUAUGUAGCCCUGUUUUUUGGUUGUUUAAAAACAUUUGUUUACAACUUUAGGCAGCUUACACUCAAUAAACAUUAAUCUAGUUAAUAAUAUUAUUAUCUCAGAUCAGCAUUUAGGAUUAAAUCCUUGUGAUACUACAUAAAGUAAUAUACCUGAAUGCUAACUGUGCUGUUAAAUUUAAUACACUUUUUCUCUAAAGGAGAAAUGAAUCCAUUUGUUAUUAUUUAUAUUACAUAGUAGACAUGAAUGGAAAAAAACAUCAAAUUAUGUUCUUGUUUAUAGAUGCAUUUCUUUAAAUAUAAAUUUUAUGCUGGCUUUCUUAAUUCCUUGGUAUGGUACAACAAUUAUGCAAGCUUUCUUCUUUUCAAUGGCAAUUAAAUCCAGCAUAUACCAUCAAUUUGUAUUCAGACUCCCACAAUAUUUUAACCUGCUCAUUUUUGAUUCCUUUUUUAAUUAUAUGUUCCCACCAAUUAUUCAUUAUUGGCAUAUGAUAAUUCUCAUUUUUCUUUGACAUUCUUAAUCUUUUUAAUUUCAAUUCAUUUCUAUCUAAUGAAUAAUUUAGGAAAAGAUAAGAGUUAUCAAUCUGAAGUUAUAUAUAUCUGUAUGUAGGUAGUCAGAUAUAUAAAUACCAUAAUUUUUCACUUUAAAAAAAAAUCACUUAAAGGAUCAGCUCAGAUAAUAUACUAUACAGAAAUUUGUAUGAUACUGAUGAUACAUAAAUAUAUUAUUUUAAUAUUCAACAAACCACAGUGUAUGAAGUUAUUUUAUUUUGCCCAAAGAACCAUAAACAUUUUGAUAAAAGUAUGAAAAUAUACAUCUUACUUUUGCUCUUCAAUUUACUUUUUAAAUGUGCAAAUGAGAUAAAAGGUAUGGGAUAGUUAUGAAUCAACAAAAAAAUGUGACAGCCUGCUAUUACACAUUGCUUUGUAAUAUUCAUCACAUACACCCAAACAGAUACUCUGUUCUUUUUAGUUUUCAGUAAAAGCACAUUGGCUAGUAAUUCUGAAAAAGAAUGGGUAGUUUUAAGGUGCUAAAGGGAUUUGGUUUGGAAGAUUUGAAAUCACUUGGAGUGAUCUAGCUUGAGUUUCAGAGAAGAUGGCCCAAAAAUUGCAGGUUUAAGAUUGAAUCCAAAUCUUGCAAAUCCAGGAAGAACAAUGAGAUCUUUUGACUAAUCACAAAUGGUUUGUAGAAGAAUGAAGUCACCUGAAGGUGAAGGAACCACCUUCUACAAAUCAAAGAGACUCAAAGCCUGAAAAAGGGGUCCCAGAUAGACUUAAAUCUCAAUUGAUCUAAGACAGUGAUUCUCAAACUUUCAUCACCAAAGACCCCUUUAAAUGUCUUUUGUGGCCACAGACUAUGGCCAUAAACCAUCAAGAUUUAACUUAAGAUUUAAAUCAUAACAUUUCUUCAAGCCUUUGAGGAUCCCCCAGGGUCCCUGGACCACAUGUUGAAAACAUUGGUCUAAGUGAUAAUGAUAUAGAAUUAUUAAUAAAGAAAAUUACUUCUACCAAAAUGCUGACACUUUAAAAUAGACUUUAUAAUAUCUGUGAGACAAAAUGGUAAGAAAAAGUGGAUGGAUUACUAUUGUUGACACCUAAAGGUAAUGGAUAGGACACUCAUUUAUUUUAACAUUGAAUAAAAAAGUUUUGUUCCUCCCCCAGUUUCCCAUAAAAAAAAUAACCCACAGGUUUUCGUACUUCCUUCUUAAUUAGGUUUUUAGUCUAAAAUGUUAAUAUUUUCCAUUAGCUAUAAUGAUUAUGUCUUUGCUUACAUAUAUGCAUUCUGGUUUUUUUUAUGAUAAAACUUCUUGUUUGUAUGCAAUGUAUUUAACAGAUUAGAAUUAAACAGAAAAUUAAACAGAAAAUUGCUGAAAGAUACUCUUUUGUCUUAUAAACUUGGGAGA